AGACGCGUCGCGCGGAUACAGUAGGCACUAGGCAGCUUCAUUGACUGUAAAUGGGGGUUUAUAGCUAUUUGUCGCGUCGCGUAGCUAGUAAUGUAGAUGGGUGCAAAGGGUUAACUGUGAUGUCAGCUGCAGAGGCACGGACUGCUACUCACUGCAAACAGUUUCCACCCUGCUUUAAAUACAACACCAACACAGACAGUCAGUGACCAGACAAAAUACAUGAGCGAAGAACAGCGAGCAUCAACCGGGUUCAGCCGCGUCCGAGGAUCCGCUGAGUACUUUUGAAUGGCUGUGACAUCUUAACGCCUCUGCCGCAUCCAACGUAUGUACAAUUCAGACUAUGAACUACGUGGGCCAGCUAGCCGGUCAGGUUUUUGUGCAGGUGAAGGAGCUGUACAGAGGCCUUAACCCCGCCACCCUGUCCGGCUGUAUCGAUGUUAUUGUGGUGCGUCAGCCCGACGGCACUCUGCAGUGCUCGCCUUUUCACGUCCGUUUCGGCAAGAUGGGAGUUCUGCGCUCCCGGGAGAAAGUGGUUGACAUUGAGAUAAAUGGGGAGCCGGUCAGCUUACAGAUGAAACUAGGUCAAAAUGGAGAGGCAUUCUUUGUCAAAGAAACAGAAAGUGAUGAGGAGAUGGUGCCGUCCCACUUGGCUACAUCGCCCAUAAUUUCAGAGGGCUCUGCCUUAAUGGAGGCCCAAGUUGGAAAAGGCACAUCACGUCUGUCUGACUCUGGAAACGAAACCUCCAUUCAAACCCUGGGAUCCAUGCAGUCCCCUUGUGACAGUUCAAUAAUGAAGAAGCGAAGGAAGAGGAGGAGAAAAUCUCAAGUAGACAGCAUGAAGCGAGAGGACAAUGGAGACUUUUCGGAAGAUGAAGACAUGUUUCCCAUCGAUAUGAGUUCUGAUGAUGACACAGAGACUACAGGAAGCAGAGCCAUGUCUCAUGAACUAUUUGCUGAGCGGGUGAAAGGAACUAGCAGCACAUACACACAGUAUGAAAGGAGCUGGACUGCUGUUCAAAGCAAAGGAUUGGAGAAGAUCUGCACCUUACCCAUUUGCACCAAUUCAGGAUUGUCCAUUUCCUGCCCUCAACAAACAGCCAUGUUUCAGUCCACACCCAGCAGCCCAAAUGACUCCUUGCCAUCUACACCCAAGAGUGACUCCGAAUUGCUGUCCAGUCAGAGGAGCGGAGGGAAACCGGACAACCCUGAGAUGCUUUGGACGUGGGGAGAGCUGCCUCAUGCUGCCAAACCGUCAUUCCUGCAGCCCAUGUUGGAGCCCAUGGUGGUGACCCCAAGAUCAAUCCCACCAUCUGAAAGCACACACUUCAGAGCCAUCUCUGGGGAUGGGAUGGUGGAGGCUCACAGCAGUGAUGUCUAUGUGGAAGAUCUCAGGGUUGGAGAGGUAACAUCUGCCGCUGCUGUAGAUGUGGAGGCCAUCAGUGCAACCGCCCAUCUUAUCACAGACCCAGAAGAGGGGCGGCACAGUCCUGGAGCUCUUGCAAUUAGAAAGACAGACUCUCCAUCCAAGAAAAAAGACAAAAGGAGCCGACACCUGGGAUCAGAUGGAGUGUACCUGGAUGACAUCACAGAGUUGGAGCCUGAGGUGGCAGCCUUGUACUUUCCAAAGAGUGAUGGAGCAACUUCUUCGAGGGGCGGGGCAGAUUCGAGAAGUGCCAGUCAGUCCCCUCAAUCAGUAGGCAGCAGUGGGAUGGACAGUGGAGUGGACAGCUUUUCUGACCAGUUAGGAGACUUGCCUCAUAUUGCCAUCUCUCUUUGUGGAGGACUGACAGAAAACAGAGAGAUCACUAGAGAGGAAUUUGAGGAACGAGCAAUACCUUAUCAGGAGUUUGCAGAUAAUCCAUCUAUCAUUGAUGAUCCCAACCUGGUCGUAAAGAUUGGCACUAAGUAUUAUAAUUGGACCACGGCCGCUCCUAUCGUACUAGCCAUGCAGGUUUUCCAGAAGCCCUUGCCAAUGUAUUCCUGUCUGAGUUACGUCUACUCUGCUCUUGGUUUCUUCACAUACUGUUUUCCUAGCGUGUUCGGCUCUAGUCCUGCCACAGUGGAGAACAUCAUGAAGGAGAAGAUGCCCAAGAAAGCAGGACGCUGGUGGUUUUCAUGGCGGGGCAGAAACAACAGCUCCAAAUCGGAAUCAGCAUCUGACCAGAUUGAAGGUGGAGAGGAUUCUAUAAGAACAGCAUCUGUGAGCAGAUUAAAAGAUGAAUCAUCAUCCAGUGAAGAUGACAGUGGAGGUGCUAAACAGAAUCCUGUGAGCAAUCAGCCUGAGGUUCUCCUCUGCACUGGAGGCCACUGCUACAGGAAGACACUUCGUUUGUCCUCAGAACAGCUAGCCAGUCUCCACUUAAAAGAUGGCCCCAAUGAUGUGGUCUUCAGCGUCACCACCCAGUAUCAGGGCACCUGCCGCUGUGAGGGCACCAUCUAUCUGUGGAACUGGGAUGACAAGAUAGUGAUUUCAGAUAUCGAUGGCACCAUCACAAGGUCUGACACCCUGGGACACAUUUUACCCACUCUGGGUAAAGACUGGACCCAUCAGGGCAUUGCCCGACUCUACCACAAAGUUAGCCAGAAUGGCUACAAGUUUAUGUACUGUUCAGCUCGGGCGAUUGGCAUGGCUGAUAUGACCCGGGGUUACCUGCACUGGGUUAAUGAAAGAGGCACCAUGCUACCCAUGGGACCUGUGCUGCUUAGUCCCAGUAGUCUGUUAUCUGCAUUUCACAGAGAGAUCAUUGAGAAGAAGCCAGAGAAGUUUAAAAUUGAAUGUCUGACCGACAUUAAAAACCUGUUCUAUCCAAGCACAGAACCCUUCUAUGCUGCUUUUGGAAACAGAGAAACAGAUGUUUAUUCAUAUAAAGAGGUUGGAGUGCCUUUGAACAGAAUAUUCACUGUGAAUCCUAAGGGAGAGCUCAUCCAAGAACAUGCAAAGACCAACAUAUCAUCUUACGGACGUCUAUGUGAGGUUGUGGAUCAUGUCUUCCCUCUUCUGAUAAGAGGGAACACCACCGACUUCCCCUGUUCAGACACCUUCAGCCAGUUCACCUUCUGGAGAGAUCAGUUACCAGAGGUAGACAAGCAGGAUAAACAUGCCGAGAGCAGCUAAAAGGACAUACAGUUCUGUAAAAAGAUAGCAUCCCCUAGAAACUCAGCUCUGACGCUGCACUGCCACAGAUAUUCCUCUACGCACAAGCAACUUAGCACUUUGCAGACCGUAUGCCGCCCUCUUCCUGUUCCUUAAUUAUUUGACAUUUUUACAAACAUUUAUCAUUUCUGUGUGUGCUAAUAUUUUGUUUUACUGGAAAUAAUCUGGUAGCAUAUUACACAGCUCAUAUUAGGGAAUUUUUUUGUUUAUUGAUGAGGUUACAGUUAUUUUAAAGUGUCAAAAGCAUUAUUCAUAACCAACAAUACAAUUACAUUAAGCUAUUAAAAAAUAUCUAAUGGCUUUGUCCAAGGUUGUAAGGAUGUAUGAGGGAACAGUUAUUUUAGUACAUAGUAUAAAAAGUUUUUGACCAUUUGUUUAAAAAAAAAACAUGCUGAGAGAAAUGUAAAAGUUUCAUCAAACUAAAAAAUAAAAAAACAGUAAAUGAACUCAGUAGUUAUAAAGCCAGUUUAGUAUUUCUCAGGUGAUACAGAAUUUACUCAAGGUAAUCUUUUGAAACUUAAAGUGACCUUUCAUAACAAACAAAAAAAUAUUACUGUCAGUCUAAAUUAUUUUGCUACUCCAUUUCUUUAACAACAAAACAACAAACGCAAGUGGAUCGAUCUUAAUUGUGCAUCCUCAAGACCUUUUUACCACGUACACACUUUACAUUUUGCCAAAUGCUUAUUAUUAUGUGAUAACUUUGCAUUCCUUACUAUUUGUGUGUAUUUUAUGUAAAGUUCAUAACUCUGACCAGCAAAUCUAAAUCAUGCAGAAAAACUGAAACUAAACAAAAGCAAACAACAAUGCAAAGAACACUCAGGUCAUGAAGUAUUUCCUACCUGUAUUAAUUCCUUCAGAUCAAUGUCAUAUUUAAUCUUACUCAUUUUCAUAAUAUAUAUAUAUAUAUAUAAACACACACACCUGAGAAUUAUGUAAUUAUGUGCUUAUUUCAAUCAUUAAGUAUAUAACAUCUCCUGAUUCAUGGUGCAUACUAUUAUUGUUAAUUUUCUUAGAUUUUUUUAAUAAUCCUUGUAUUCUACCAACACCUUUACCCAAUUGUGUGUAUUAUUUCUAUCUUAUUAAAGGAUGAAAUGGACUGUGUAUUAUGAAAUUACUGUAUUCUGAAAUAUGUCUCUAGUAAAUGAAUAAGGUUUUUGCGUGAUACGUAAAUGGACAAGCUCUUGCUUAUUCUUAGGUCCAUGGUUAUCAAGGAGCACAUUAAAUAAGCACUGAUGUGAUGCAUGAAUGAUAAAUGGGCUUAUGGGAUUGAUUCAAAAGAACUUUGUAUUUUAACGUAUUAUUGUUCUGCAAUGAAAAAACAGAGUAUGUAGUAAAAUAUGUGUGCAACAUGAAAAUGCAAAUUGUACUGAUCUCUAAUUGGUUGACUGCUACAAACUUCAACACUGUGAAUGAUCAGGUCAAACAUUAUAGAUUUGUUUCUGCUCUUUCUUACAAUAUACAUCUUCAGUUCAUUGAGAUUUCUUAUUCUAAACAAAAAAGCUGAAUAAUAUAAGACUGUGUAACAUGUUCACUGUUUAUAUGAAUGGUAACACAAAUAACAUUCAGUUGCAAUAGCUUUUGUUCUGUUUGCAGUCUCUAUGGAGUUUUAUAUUCUUUCUGUGAAAGAUCUUGUUGCCUAAGUUGUGGCAGUUGAGUUUGUUAUGUUUAGUGUUGAGAUGUAAAACUACAGUCGUGUGUAUAUUUUAAGAUGCUAAAUCUCAAUGUGUAAAUUAAAAUCCCAUUACAUGAAUGCAAAAA